AUGAGCAACGUUAGAAAGAUCAAGUUCACACCAGAAGAAGAUGAAAAGCUUAAGAAGUUAAUUAAGCAACUCGGCACCAGAGACUGGGAAGUAAUUUCCAUUGAAAUGAAGACAAGAACAAGUCGUCAGUGUCGUGAUCGUUGGAAUAACUAUUUAUGUCCAAAUCUUAGUAAUGACCCAUUCACAGAAGAUGAGGAUCAGCUGCUGUUACAGCUGUUUGAAAAAUAUGGACCGAAGUGGAAAAAGAUUGGCUCCUACUUCCCAAAGAGAUCUACAAACAGACUUAGAGGCCAUUUAGCUUCCUUACAGAAGAAGAAAGAACAGAUCCCGCCGAAGAAACAAGAGGAUAGCCAAUUCCCAUCUCCUUCCCCAGACCCGUUAGCACAAUUUAAAGCUAUGUUUUCAUCGAAUAAUGAUCCAAAUCUUGCUGCCUUAUUGCAGAUGGAUGUUGAUCCUUUCGCUGAUUUGUCUAUUAUCGAAAUGUAA